AGCAGUGCAACCCGGAAACCCGUCCUGCUGAGAACAGAAGAACAGUGGCUCCGGUGAAUAUAGGGUCUGAGGAAAGCAAAGAUGAUGACUCCUCUAUAGCUGACUUCCUCAACAGUGACGAGGAAGAAGACAGAGUGUCUCUGCAGAAUUUAAAGAGUUUAGGUGAAUCUGCAACUUUAAGAAGUUUACUGCUCAACCCACACCUGAGACAGCUGAUGGUUAACCUUGAUCAGGGUGACAACAAAGCAAAGCUGAUGAAAGCCUGCAUGCAGGAGCCUUUGUUUGUGGAGUUUGCAGACUGUUGUUUAAGAAUCGUGGAACCAUCCCAGAAAAGGGAUUCUUGAAACUGGAUGUGCUCUUUGCUCAAGCUGCCCACUACUCCUCCUAGGAGGAGGUUGUUUGCAAGGCUGCUGUACAACAUGUAGGUCUUCAUCAUCACUCAGCUUGCUUCAGACAAGUGGAGGAUACUCAAAGUGCAGAGCCUAUAUGAAGAAGAAACCUGGAGUGAUGGCUCAGCUCUUCCAAAGGACCAAUCUUCAGCACCCACAUGACUGCCAACAAUUGUAAUUACAGUUCCAGGGGAUCUGACACCCUUUUCUGGCCUCAGAAGGUACUGUAAGCAUGUGGUCCACAGCCAUAAGCAAAACUCACCAAAAAAAAAAAAAAAAA